AUGUCUCCGUUUCAGGCAUUAUAUGGAUAUGCUCCUCCACAUCUGGUUUUUCCCAUUCCUUCUUCUACUUCUGUUGCUACUGUAGAGAAUUACUUGCAGGAAAGAGACAUUAUGUUACAAUUGUUGAAGGAAGAACUGUCCAAGGCACAAAGUAGAAUGAAAUUUUUUGCAGAUAAAAAGAGGUCUGAUAGAAACUUUGAAGUGGGUUACUUAGUUUUCUUGAAGAUACAGCCUUAUAGGAAGACAUCAGUUGCUGUGAGGAAGAAUUUCAAGCUCUCAUCCAAAUACUUUGGGCCUUUUGAAGUCAUACAAAAAAUUGGAGUUGUUGCCUAUAAACUCACGCUUCAUGUGGGGUCUAGAAUCCAUCCAGUCUUUCAUGUCUCUCAACUGAAGAAGAAAAUUGGAUUGCAAGCUUUUUUAUCACCUCAACUUCCCCUAGUGGACCAUGCAGGUCAGUUUGUAAUUGAACCCAUUGUUGUUUUGGACACUAGAACUACUGUUAGAGGCACAACUCAAAUUCCACAAGUCUUGGUACAAUGGUGCAACUCAGACCCUUCAGACUCAACACGGGAGGAUGCUGCUCAUAUCCAAGCUCAGUUUCCAGACUUCAUCCUUGAGGACAAGGAUCUCCAAAUUGGAGGCGCAGUGUCAUGUACCACAUAG